AUCUCGAGUCAGAUCCCCUAGCCAGGUCAGAUUGCCAGGUCAGAUUCCCAGGUCAGACUCCCAGGUCAGAUUCCCAAGUCAGAUCCCCAGGUCAGAUUCCCAGAUCAGAUUCCCUGGUGAGAUUCCCAGGUCACUUUCCCUGGUCAUAUUCGCAGGUCAGACUCCCAGGUCAGAUUCCCAGGUCAGAUUCCCAGGUCGGAUUCCAAGUAAGUUUCCGAAGUCAGAUCCCCAGGUCAAAUCCCAAGUCAUAAUCUUGAGUCAGAUCCCCAGAUCAAAUUCCCAGGUCAGAUUCCAAGUCAGAUUCCAGUCAGAUUCCCAAGUCACAUUCCCAAGCCAGAUUCCCAAGUCAGAAUCCCAUGUCAGAUUCCCAGGUCAGAUUCCUAGGUCACAUUCCCAGGUCAGACUCCCUGGUCAGAUUCCUAGGUCCGCUUCCCAUGUCAGAUUCCCAUGUCACAUUCCCAGGUCAAAUUCCCAGGUCACUUUCCCAGGUCACAUUCCCACGUCAGAUUCCAGGUUAGAUUCCCAGGUCAGAUUCCCAGGUCAGAUUCUCAGGUCAGAUUCCAGUCAGAUUCCCAAGUCUUAUUCCCAAGACAGAUUCGCAAGUCAGUUCCCCAGGUCAGUCAGUUCCCAAGGCAUAAUCUCGCGUCACAUCCCCAGGUCAGAUUCCCAUGUCACAUUCCCAGGUCACAUUCCCAAGUCAGAUUCCCAGGUCAGAUUCCCAGGUCAGAUUCCCAGGUCACUUUGCCAGGUCAGAUUCCCAGGUCGGAUUCCAAGUCAGAUUCCCAAGUCUUAUUCCCGAGUCAGAUUCCCAAGUCACAUCCUCAGGUCAGAUUCCCAAGUCAUAUUCUCUAGUCAGAUCCCCAGGUCAGAUUCCCAUGUCACAUUCCCAGGUCAGAUUCCCAGGUCAGAUUCCCAGGUCAGAUUCCAAGUUAGAUUCCAGUCAGAUUUCCAAGUUCGAUUCCCAAGUCAGAUCCCCAAGUCAGAUGCCCAAGUCAUAAUCUCGAGUCAAAUCACCAGGUCAGAUUCCCGCGUCAGAUUCCCAGGUCACAUUCCCAGGUCAGAUACCCAGGUCAGAGACUCCCAUGUCAGAUUCCCAGGUCAGAUUCCCAUUUCACUUUGCCAGGUCAGAUUCCCAGGUCGGAUUCCAAGUCAGAUUCCAGUCAGAUUCCCAAGUCUUAUUCCCGAGUCAGAUUCCCAAGUCACAUCCUCAGGUCAGAUUCCCAAGUCAUAUUCUCUAGUCAGAUCCCCAGGUCAGAUUCCCAUGUCACAUUCCCAUGUCACAUUCCCAGGUCAGAUUCCAAGUCAGAUUCCAGUCAGAUCCCCAAGUCAGAUCCCCAAGUCAGAUCCCCAAGUCAGAUCCCCAAGUCAUAAUCUCGAGUCAAAUCACCAGGUCAGAUUCCAGCGUCAGAUUCCCAGGUCACAUUCCCAGGUCAGAUACCCAGGUCAGAGACUCCCAUGUCAGAUUCCAAGUCAGAUUCCCAAGUCAGAUCCAAGCAGCACAGAGACGACAGGGAUCAGAGAGAGUGACAGUGAAGGGAGUGUGGAGGGUGCGAGUGUGGUUAAAGCAGAGGGCGCAGUAGCUGACGUGGAGGAGGGGGUGAUGGACGCAGGAGGGGCAGUGUUCUUUGUCCCGCAGCGGCCCCGAAUGCCCCCCCUUCCGGUCUCCAUUCGCCGAAUGGAGAGAAUAGGGGAGUGACUUACCUCACCAGAAAUCAUUGUUGGUGGUGGCCAUGAUAGCCAGGAUGGUGGUGGCAGGGGUGAGGCGAGAGUGGUGCUGGGGAGUGGGGAUUGGUGCAGCUGGAGCAGGAAGGAGUAGGGUGGUGGUGGCACGUGCCACAGGUAGCAUGUGGACUAUAGAGAGAAUAGGCGACUGAUUUAUAGGUGCCACACCUACGAUGGCUGGUGAUGCGCAUCGUAGCGGGGAUGGUAGUGGUAGUGAGGAGGAGAGGUUGAUGGUAUUGGUUGGAGAUGAGAAUGCUGAGGUGGGAAGGAGAAGGGUGGUGCGGUGGGUGGUACGUGCAACGGGUGUGUGGAACCCAAAGAAGAUAGGCGAGUAACAGUAUACUGUACUUGGUGGGAGGAGGUAGACUCAUUUGCGAUUCAUUAUUGGAGGCUGGUUCUGAAUGAUGCCGAAAGCAAUGGUGAUGGUGUUGAUGAAUCUGAAUGUGUCAUUGCCAUAGAUAGAUGGGGUUCAGAAAUAAUAUGCUCUUACAAAAUUACGGACACUAUUUCCCUGUAACUCUCCUCAUAACGGGUACGCAAUCCGCCUGAAACCUGUUCCGAAUUCCCUUGGUGCGUCUAGGAGACCUGCGGCUCGAUAAGUGAGUGGAGUGGAGCACACCUGAAAUAACCACCCACGAGCAAACAACGCGGCACGGAAGCACCAGCCCCAUCAGGUGAGGUCAGGUCACUCGCUCGCCCUGCAACUCGCAGCAGCAGGCAGGGCCCAAGCCAGACUCAUCCUUCCCCUUACCUCCCGCAUAAAACCACUCCCUCGGCUAUUCCUCUCUCACAGCAAGCAAGUGGCUUUCCCAGCGCACAAAAGUCAGAUCAGAAACCAGUCAGAUUUCCAGUGACGAUCUCCAUACAGCUUGAGUGUAUAUAGCAGCUUCGUUCUCGAUACCCGUCCCUCCCAGCGCGUGAGAAUGGCCAGAGCCGCGCUUCUCGCGCUCUCCCUGGCGCUGCUCGUCGCCGUCGCGCGCGCCGGCAGCCCCAUCACGAGCUCGUCCGCCAACGAGAAGCCCGACCUGAGCAGCAAGAAGGACGACGGGCUCAUGACCGAAAUCCCCGCCGCGAUCGCGAAGGCUGCUGCGUCAGGCGACGCGGCCGGUGUUACCUACGUCGAUACCGCUCAGGAUACGUUUUUCAUGGCUGACGUGAAGAAAGCGGGGUGGAACGCGCAAAAGUGCCCGCCCGGUUUGAACAAGGAGCUGGCGGGAGCGUGCACGCCCAAGAACUGCUCCAAGGGCGGAAUCGCCGCCAAGUGGAAGACCGCCUACCUGCAGAAGAACAAGCUCGGUUACGAGCUGUACGUGCCGGGUAACCCGCUGACGCUGCUCAAGGCGAACCCCGCGUCGUGCUGCAACACGUGCGCCUCGACGCCCCUGUGCACGUACUGGCAGUACAUCCCCGAUAUCACGAUUGACGGAAAGAAGGGCAAGGGCGCGUGCUACCUGAUUCACGACCAGAUUGACUUCACGUGCGGAGAGAUGACCGCGCAGUACAGCACGGAGACGAAGCCCGUGCCCCUGCAGGUGCGCAUCGGCGGCGAGUGCAACCCCGCGGCGAAGAUCCUCAACGACCCGCAUCUGGUGGGCGCGCACGGCACGCACUUCGACUUCAACGGCCGCCCCGACAAGGCCUUCUGCCUGCUCACCGACCGCGACCUCCACGUGAACAUGCUCCUCCGCGGUUACUACGACGAGAGGACCGACAACGCGGCGCUGGUCGUCGACGGCAAGGCAGUGCACACGUGGAUCAAGGAGCUCGGCAUCGUGUGGACUGCCGGCGGCGUGGACCACAAGAUUCGGCUGGCGGCGCGCGGCGGCAAGCAGCAGGAGCGCGGCGAGGGAUUCAUGAAGAGCAUCGAGAUCGACGGCGAGGAGAUCCCUCGCAUGCAGGUCGGCGACAGCGUUACCGGCGCCGGCGGGCUCAAGGUCGAAUUCCGCGGGCUCGAGAAGGAGGGACCGUUCGAUGUCGAUUACUACCUGCUCACGAUCGACGGCCUGGUUUCGCUCGACCUCCGCCUGCGCGUGGCUCACCCCAAGCUGCAAACCCCGACCGACGCCGAGGCGCACAUCAAUGUGGGAAUUGCGGAGCUGGAGCACACGGAGGAGAUUCACGGCGUGCUCGGACAGACGUAUCGCGCGGAUCACUCGCAGCGCGCCGCGGACUUCCAGCGCCUGAUCGCGAGCCUGCACCGUCCGAUCUCCGCCGAUGGCGCGGAGGGCAAGGGCUUCCUUGAUGGCACACCCAGGUCGUACGAGGCGAGCGACGUGCUCGCUGUGGAUUGCGCUUAUACCGCGUACGGCCGCGCCAGACAAGUCAUGCCCGUGCAGCCGUAAGUGCUGGUUCGGUGCUGCAUGUAUUGUACAGUGGGCUGAAUGUAUACAUAGGUAGCAUACAUCCAUAGGACUAAUACUAGUGGGCUGAUUCUCCCUAAUGUAUUGGAUUUAUUUCUGCCAAACCACUCUUCAUACGGUUUUGAUCUUAAUACUAAGCAGCAAGUGAGCAGGGAACGCUGGAGUAAGGAACGGUGGAGGGGGGAGUGGUGGAAGGGGCGAUGGCAGGAGGUGGCGCUUGGUCCAAGCGCCUGCUCUUGUGUUGCUUGCGCCUCUGCUGCUUCUGCCUGCGUGUGCGGUGCGGAGGCUUACACCGCGUGUUGCAACUUGCAGCCCGUGAGCUCCUGCUGCGUUCCAUUCCAAGCAGGGGCAAUGGGGUGAGCAGAACCAUGAGCAAGAAGCCGUCCCUCUGCCCGCGAGCUCCAGCUGCAUUCCUCCAGUUUUUGCCGCUGUCAUCCCAGUAAUG